AUUUCUCUUCCUCCUUCCUCCUGUCUUUUUCAAUAAUCUCCGUCUGUCUGUUCAUCAUCUGACAGUAAUCGAACAAAGUAUCCUCCAUAGAUCAAAAUGGAUGAAGAGUACGACGUGAUAGUGCUGGGGACAGGUCUCAAGGAAUGCAUCCUCAGCGGGCUUCUCUCCGUGGAUGGUCUCAAGGUGUUACAUAUGGACAAGAAUGACUACUAUGGAGGAGAAUCAACCUCUCUCAAUCUCAAUCAGCUCUGGAAGCAUUUCAAGGGAAGUGACAAGCCCCCGGAGCACUUGGGCCCCAGCAGGGAGUUCAACGUAGACAUGGUGCCGAAGUUCAUGAUGGCCAAUGGAGCUUUAGUUCGAGUCCUUAUCCACACUGAUGUCACGAAGUAUCUAAACUUCAAGGUUGUCGAUGGCAGUUUUGUGUACAACAAGGGAAAGAUUUAUAAAGUCCCAGCAACCGAUGUGGAAGCUCUCAAAUCUCCACUCAUGGGGCUGUUUGAGAAGCGACGUGCGAGGAAGUUUUUCAUUUAUGUGCAGGACUUCGAGGAGGACGACCCGAAGUCUCAUGAGGGUCUGGACUUGCACAAAGUCACUGCAAGGGAGCUCAUCUCGAAAUAUGGGCUCGAAGAUGAUACAAUCGAUUUUAUCGGGCAUGCUUUGGCCCUUUAUAUCGACGAUAAGUACUUGGACGAGCCUGCAAUUGACUUCGUGAAGAGGAUGAAGCUCUAUGCAGAGUCUUUGGCACGUUUCAAUGGAGGCUCUCCUUACAUAUAUCCGCUGUAUGGACUGGGAGAGUUACCUCAGGCCUUCGCACGUUUAAGUGCAGUUUAUGGUGGAACUUACAUGCUUAACAAGCCACAGUGUAAGGUGGAAUUUGAUGGUAGCGGAAAAGCCAUCGGUGUGAGCUCGGAAGGAGAAACUGCUAAGUGCAAGAAAGUUGUCUGUGAUCCCUCAUAUUUGCCCGACAAAGUCAAGAAGGUCGGGAAAGUUGCUCGUGCUGUAUGUAUUAUGAGCCACCCCAUCCCAGAUACCAACGAUUCUCAUUCAGCUCAGGUCAUUUUGCCACAGAAGCAACUCGGUCGAAAAUCAGAUAUGUACCUCUUCUGCUGCUCCUAUGCUCAUAAUGUGGCAUCGAAAGGGAAGUACAUUGCUUUCGUUACUGCAGAAGCAGAGACUGACAAGCCUGAGGAGGAACUGAAGCCCGGCAUAGACCUGCUCGGACCUGUUGAUGAGAUAUUCUACGACACUUUUGACCGUUAUGUCCCCACAAACAACUAUGAACUGGACAACUGCUUUAUAUCUACGAGCUACGAUGCAACUACACACUUCGAGUCUACUGUGAAGGAUGUGCUCGCAAUGUACAGUAAAAUAACUGGAAAGGCUCUUGAUCUUUCUGUGGACCUGAGCGCUGCAAGUGCUGCAACUGAUCAGCAAUGAGAUGCUUCAGCCCGACUCGUUCAUCUUAGCUAGCCUGUGGACCAGCCCGAAGCUUUACUUCGACCAUCUGGCAAAAUUAUAGUUUUUCUUCGUUCCUUAAUAAAGUAUAGACAUUGCUAUAUGUUCGUGUUCAACUGUUACAAUUUAUUGCUUUUACAGAACAGUGUUAAUUUUCCCACUGCA